AUGCCUUACAAGCCUGUGGCCAUAGGUGGAAAGGCUGCUGAAAUCAAAGGAGAUGUGCUUUCGUCCACGCCUCAAAAGCUUUUCUCGAACCAUUACCAGGGCCCAAAUCAUCCGGCCUCCAACGGCGGUGUUUUCGGACUCUUAUUAGGAGGGAAGCUCACGCCAGACCAUGAGAAACAGAAACAGAGGGAAAGCUUUGCAAAUGUCCAACCUAGGCUUAGUGUUCAGUCGGAACUGCUGGAACAUGGCCAGCGUCGGAUUAAUCGCAACACUUUAUACGUGAUGAUCGUUAACAUGCCGUCGGAGGAGGAGCUUGAAGCAGCUCGAAGGCAGAGGUCGCAACAAGGCUCUGGACAGAUUGGCAGCACUGUGGCAAUUGAGAUGGUAAAUGUAGAGUAA